AUUUGUAUGCAUUUAUAACAAUCACAUACUGAAUUUGAAUGUAUGUGACCACAUUUGGAUGGGCUGGUAACAAGAGCGUGGGCGCAUAUCGCGUGUCAGGCGUUCCCUUUGUCCCCCCUGGCGGCCGGGGACUCAACCUGGGCUAACGCAUCAACAAUGGCUGACACCCUCACUCUGCCCUAAACUGAGAUGUCUUUUGUCCUUCCCAUGCACACCGUUCUGUUAUGCCACAAGCCAUAGACUGAAGCUCCUUGAAAUUCUCUUAAGAAUAUAUUUGGUGGCCCAAACAUAAUCUACACUCGAAGAGAAUUGACUUCAGUUCAGAGGUCCAGUGGUGACUGUAAGAUUAGGCAAAAGAAAUGCUGACUGUUGUUGAGCUGAGGUGUCAACAGUGAGAACCAUUGUUGAGCUGAAGUGUCAACAUAAAGCUUCACAGACAAUAUCAACAUGUUCAUUAGACAUUACACACAUUGGGUGAAGUACUUGAAGAGCAUGGUGGUUUGGCAAGACAGUAUCUUAUUUAAUGUUGCCACAUGGAGACACUAACAGUGCCUGUCUUGGAUCAUCCUCUUCAAGAAGACGAAGAGGCAGACCAAAUGGGGGACGAGUCCAUGGACACAUCUAAUGGCAGUAGGGGGGACGAGAUGUGCCGGUUGUCUGGCGGCCUGGAUGAGGAGCAUGUAGCCAUCAGCCAACUCUUAGAGUUGCCUCACCAUGGUGAAGAUACGGCUACAGCAGUACCUCCUGAUCCACCAGAUCUCUCUCCUGGUCUUACACACAAAGUGAAUGGUGCUGUUAUACGGCGAGUAUCCUAUCAUGGAGCAGCUGGCAAGCACGCGCUCCGCCAACAAGCACGGAGAAGAAGGCGGAACACUUCUAUUGCUGCUGGAAAUUCGCCACCAAUUACCCGUGUUACCAUGAAGACAGUUGCAGCCACAUCCCCAAAUCCUGCUCCCCAUGCUGUCCAACCUGCAAACACAACCACUACCACAACUAUGACUACAACUGUCUCUGCUUCCAUGACCACACCAACAACCUCAGCUGUUUCUGCCUCCAGUAAUACUACAACCACUUGUUUGUCUACUAGUUCAACCACAGUGACAUCAUUAUUAUCUCAGCUCCCUGAAGCAUGUACUUCAUCAAAUGCAGCAACCUCUCCCUCACCCCCCAUUUGCAGAAUGAGCAAUAAAAUGGCUCAUUCUCCUAACCAGUCUAGUACAAGACUAAGUAACAAAACUUGUGUGUCAAGUACUUAUCAUCCAGUUCUUGGAACAAGAGUUAGUUCCCGAAUAGCAAAUAAUGCAGCUACAAGUGGACUCAGUCAUCUAAACUCUGGCACUUCAUAUAUGACAAAUCUGACUCAAAGUGGUGCUUUUCCAAACAUAGCUUCAGGCAUUCAAGCUUCCAGAGUAGUGCGCAUUCCUGCUUGCCAGUCCUCUCCUUCGUCCCGUGAUGCUUCAUCACCUUCUAUGACAACAAUGCAAACAUAUCUUGCUGGAAUCCCAGGUUUCAAACCUCGUAAAAGGUCUCAGCGCAAACUUUCUGCUGCAGCACAAUUAGCACAGACUAAGGAAGGGAAUGUUGACCUUGAGACUCCGGACUCAAUUCUUGCUGGUGUCAAUGUGCGAGCAAUUCUCAACAAACACACCUUCAGCACUCUUCCUCCAGCCUACCAGCACAGGCUUAUACAGCUCUUGCCUCUUGUGGAUCAGGCAGUUGGACCGGAUGAUGCACUCAAAUUAACAACAACAAGCCUCAACAAUGAAUUUUUUGGUCGUGCUUGUGAGUCCUGGCGUUGUCGUCUGGGAGAAGGAGAGUUUACUCAUGAUAAUCAGAUAAAGCUGAAGGUUGAAGCUGAAAAAGAACGCACAAAGCUUGAUCCUUGGAAGGUUGCUCACUUUGAGCCGCUGUGGGGAGUGAAGCAGCCAUGGUGCAGCCUAGAAGGAGAAGGGAGCAUGAGUAGCCCUUCUUCUCCCUCAGGAGACACUUUUCCUGCCUCACCUGCAGAUCUGUCCUGCACCUCACCAGCAUUCACAUCUAACUUCACGCCUUCCCACAUACACCAGUUGACCAAAGUUAUUGAGCACAUUGCUAACCGUGAUCAACGAAGAACUGAAAGAAGAGCUGCCAGAAGAGCACUGAGACAAAAGAAGACUUUGUCUGAACUUUACAGCUGUUCCACUGAUCCCUUAGUGCCAUCAUCUCAGUCCAAGUCUACAACUUCUCCACUUUUCUCAUGCUCCUCAGCUUCACAGACAUGCUCGUCACCUACAUCAUCAUCUACAUUUCCAUGUUCCAGCAUAUUGUCAACAUCAUCUGGAUUACUGGGAUUAUCUUCAGUGGGUUCCAGUACUGCUCUCUCAUCAGUAGCAUGUGUGCCAGUCUCCUCUUCAGUUAUUUCUAAUUCUGUUACAUCUUCAGCAGCAUUAUCUUCACCAUCAGCAUCAUUAUCAUCAUCAUCAUCAUCAUCAUCAUCCUCAUCAUCCUCAUCGUCAUCAACAUCAUCUGGAGCUAUAUUGGGUUCCUCUUCAGUGCUUCCUGAUCCUGUUUUGUCAUCCCCAGGAUUAUCAGAAUCGUCAUGUAUAAUUGUUAAUCCAGUUUCAUCAUCAUCAUCAUUAGCAGCAGCAGCAGCAACAUCGUCAUUAGCAUUAUCAUCAUCACCAGCAUCAUCUUUGUCAUCAUCAUUACCAUCUUCUUCAACAUUCUCCCCCACCUCAUCAACAUUCUCCCCAUCAUCAUCAUCAUCAUCAUCUUUGUUAACAUCAUCACCAUCAUUAUUGUCGUCAUCAUUACCACCAGACUCCUCUUCAGGAGUAUGCAAUCCCUUGACUUCAACGUCUGCAGUUCUGCUACCAGUCUCUUCACUGACUACCAGUCCUGUCUGUGUUGCUUCCACUGCGUUAUCUGUAACAAAUAGUACAGUGACAUUGAUCCCAAGCAAAGGUAACACAGUGCCAAUUGGAAACAAUGCAGUGCUUGCUCUAAGUGACAGAAAUGCAGUGCAGACUCAGAUAAUAACAUUAGAUCAAAGUGGAAUCUCAAAGGAGAGCUUGAAACGGAAAGAGUCAGUGCCUGUUACUGUGCCAGUUCCCAUGAAGAAAAUAUGCAUGUCAGAUUCAGAUCAAACAAACAGUAGUGUUCCCAAAUCUGGAAGUACAUUGCACUUUGCUCAAAAAAAAUCCAGCCCUGUGAGCUCUCUUGGGGAAACUCUUCAAUCAAAGGUUCCCUUAACUCCCAUCAUUGGCUCAUUGCGGACUGCAACCAACAUUACAAAAGUGCUUACUUCUCCAGUAGUGUCUCAGGCUAAGUCUUUGUGUUCAGGCAAACCUGCAUCAAUGCUGUUGGUUAGCUCUCCAUCUCAGUCAUCAGGUGGACAGGUUCCAUCUUCCCCUGUGUCAAGGACAUCACCCGGCAUGAGGGUAUCUCCAGGCCCAUCACCUUCACCAUCAAGACUGUCCCCAGUUGUGCAAGUGGUCCCUCCUUCAUUAGGGGCAACACUUGCCUCCAGUCCCCCAGGGACUCGGACUGUUGUUGUUACUGGACCAUCCAAACCCAUAGAAGUGGAGGUUGCACUUAGCCAGGGGACAAAGACUAAUGUGCAGACUAUUGGUUGUCCUUCAACUGUGAGUGGAGCUCCUAAAGUCAAGACUGUUAAAGCAUUGUCUACGAGUGUGGCAAGUGGUGGAACCAUGACUGUGAAAUUGACCAAAGGCAGAACUCCAGGUGUUGUUAAUAUUCAGAGGUCAUAUGAAAUAGUUCAAGCUGUCAUUGCCAACAGUCCAAAUCGGGAUCAGUUACAAGCUCAGCUUAAAACUCCUGCAUCCCUUCUUGCUGAAGUUAAGCCUGCCCUGAGCAAUGCUGGAGUAAAUUCUGCUCUAGUUGUCAACAACACUAAUGCCAAUGUAAGCACAUCUAACAAUAAUGGCAAAAACAAUAGUAAUCUUGUAGUGCAUGCAACUCCUCAGUUGCAAACUAUUACUGUUGUCAAAGCUGUGGCUUCCAGUAGCAACAGCAGCAGUCACAUCAUCAGCAACAAUAACAAUACCACCAGCAUCAGCAACAGCAGCAGUAACAGCAGCACCAACAGCAACAUUACACCUGUACAGACAGCCCAAAUAAUGACUAGCAUCCCACGCACAGUGAAACAAGUGGCUGUCACUGUUGGUAGCACCUCAGGCUCUGUGACUCAAGUGCAAGGAGGUGCUACUACUGCCACAUCAGCUGGGGCACUGGUUCUUCGCCAAAUGAUGACACCCCAACUUGCCACCUCCCAGACUGAAGCAUGUGAAGGCAGCAUGGCUCCUCCCCUUGCGUCAACAAGACCUAUCACCAUUCUUCGUCCAUCACCAUCAGGCAGACCAAUUGUGGUCAGGAUGCCUGUUUCAGGAUUGCAGGUGCUACGAUUGGGUAGUAGAGCUAAUCCCAGUGGUGACUGCAACAGUAGUAGUGAUAGUGGUAAUCAGCAACAACAGCAACAUCCACCAAGAGCAGCCAGUGCUCCUCCUAACAAGAGUGGAGUGAUGGUUGCUCUUUCUCCUCGACCCUCCAGUGUGGGACCCAGAAUUGUUGUACAGACUAGUAAUGCUCAAGUUUCACCUGCCAGCAUUCUUAAUACAAGUGGACAUUUUUUAUCCGAAGGUGACCCCAGUUCAGGUGUAAGUAACUGUGACAAUACUCAGUUCAUCACUACACGGGCUGGGGCAUCUCCAUCACUUGUAAUAUCGUCAGAUAAUUCUGUCAGCAUUUCUGAUUAUAAUCACCCUCUUAUCAUCAGUACAACCAACAGUUUGAAGAGACCUGCAGUUAAUGUGUCUGUUGGGCCUAGCUAUAGUGGUAUAAUACCACCCAGCACAACAUCCAUAAACACAAUGUCUGGUAGUCCUGCUCACUCACAGGCACAACAGUCAGUUUCUCAACAGCCCAUGUCCCAGCACUCAAAUGCAUCCAUAAGAUCUAAUAUGAAUAAUAUGCAACAUAUAGAUUUCCAAACUCAAAGUAGUGCAAAUAGUAUGCAGCCUGUCAGUAGCAUGAACAUGCAACCAGGAAAUAAUGUUCAGUCUGUGAGUAAUAUACAACACAUAGUAUCUAGUGCAAGUAUGAAUGGUAUGGCUGUUACAGGCCCUGGUAACCAAAAUUUUUCUAGUGGGAAAAAUGACACUAAUGAAGAGGGCUGCCCUUGUAACAUGAAAGCAAUGAUCAUAUGUAUGAAGUGUGGUGCAUUCUGCCACCAUGACUGCAUUGGCCCAACAAGACUUUGUGUGGCCUGUCUCAUUCGUUAAUAAUUGCCAUGUGUUCCACCCCUACCUGUAUUCACUCCAGGAAUUUUUUAAAGGUGUAGUGUAGCUUUGGUGAGUUUUAUCUCAUACUGAAACUUUGAAUUGACAUAUAUUGUGUCAAGUUUUACUCAGGAAGGUUUUUGGACCACUCACAUAUAAACAUUAACUUCACUGAUAAGGACAUUCUGUGAAUGCUAAACUGAAAAAUGAGAUAAACAAAGAUAAACAUCAUUUCAACUUAUAUUUUCUAUUGAAUUAGUUUCUUUACACUUUUAUAUUUGAAUAAAUCAUGCACUGAAACGUGUUUAUUCCUAAGCAAAAUUAAAGUAAGGCAAUAUGAAAUAAAUGGUUUUCAGAUGAUCAGUAAUUAAAAUGAUGCAACAAAUAGAGAGCAUUUUCAGGGAAAUUGCACUGAAAUAUUCCAUAAAAGUACCUUACAUCUGCAAAAUUUUGAAUAUAUAAAAUGUCAUGGGUUUUAUCAAGAGUUUUGAUUAGGCUCACUACAAGAUGAGUCAUGCUAUAAAUGCCUGCUACACUUCUUUGUCUGAAAUCUUAUUCCUUUCCACUAUCAUAAAUUAGAUGCAAAUAAUUUUACCCAAGAUAUUUUAAACCAGAGAAGGAUUCCUACUUAAAUUUUUGUUGUCUUUUACUUACUUAUAUGGAAAGUGGACUCCUUACUUCCUUAAACUUUUGUACAAUGUAAAUGCUUUGACCUUGAUAGCUCAGGUUGGCCUGCAUGUAAAUUCAGGUGAGAUGCACAUAUAUGCAUUCCAUAGUGACUGGGACAAGGCAUUCUCUCUCUCUCUCUCUCUCUCUCUCUCUCUCUCUCUCUCUCUCUCUCUCUCUCUCUCUCUCUCUCUCUCUCUCUCUCUCUCUCUCUCUCUCUCUCUCUCUCUCUCUCUCUCUCUCUCUCUCUCUCUCUCUCUCACACACACACACACACACACACACACACACACACACACACACACACACACACACACA